AGAUACUGCUGUUUUCUUCAUCUUCUUUCUUUCUCGACAAAAAGCUUACCCUUGAUUUGUUUAUACCAAAAGCAAAACAAAAGGAACAAAGCCAAUCAUCCAAACCCAUUUCCCCAUAAAGCAAAAGCACCCACAUUUCUCAAUUUUAUUUCUCAUCGACACAUCAUUCUUUUCUUCUCCUCAGAGCAACUUCUCUGCCUUUGCCCCACCCUGCACUCAAAGCAUCCCUUUUUCAUCCCCACAGAUAAAAGGGAAAAAAUAUUUAAGCAAAGAAGAAAUUAUGAGAGCAAAUUUGGUUUGCUUUGCUUUGUUACUGAUGCUACAGCCAUUACCCAAAGGAAAAAAAAACCCAGAAAAAGAAAAACAAAACAGUAACUUUGUUUAGUGAAGAAGAAGAAGAAGAAGAAGAAGAAGAAGAAGAAGAAGAAGUUAUUGGUUGGGGUUCAUGGCGAGCUCCAGCGGGCUGGCUCGGACGCCUUCAAAGAGGAUGUCUCGAGCUCAAACUAUGAUGGUGGAAAUUCCCAACGAGGAUAACUCCACUGCUGAUAGUGAGCUGGUCCCUUCCAGCUUGGCUUCCAUUGCCCCUAUUCUUCGUGUUGCCAAUGAAAUAGAAAAGGAUAACCCCAGAGUCGCUUAUCUCUGCCGUUUCCAUGCGUUCGAGAAGGCUCACCAAAUGGAUCCAACGUCAAGUGGACGUGGUGUUCGCCAGUUUAAGACUUAUCUGUUGCAUAGACUUGAGAGGGAGGAAGAAGAGACAAAACCUAUGCUUGCGAGAAACGAUCCAAGAGAAAUUCAGAUGUAUUAUCAGCAGUUUUAUUUGAAAAACAUUGCAGAUGGACAAUAUACAAAGAAACCGGAGGAGAUGGCGAAAAUUUAUCAAAUUGCUUCAGUCUUGUUUGAUGUGCUGAGAACAGUUGUGCCUGUUGGAAGAGUUGAUGAUCAGACUCAGAGAUUUGCUGAUGAGGUUGAGAAGAAAAAGGAGCAAUUUGAACACUAUAACAUUCUUCCAUUGUAUGCUGUUGGAGUUAAACCAGCUAUUAUGGAACUUCCUGAGAUUCAAGCAGCACUUCGUGCUAUACAAAAUGUGGAAGGUCUCCCUGUGGCCAGACACACUUCUGAUGAUACUCGUCAAGAGAGGGGUAAACCAGUAAAUGAUGUACUCGAUUGGCUUUCUUUCCACUUUGGAUUUCAGAAAGGAAAUGUAGCAAAUCAAAGAGAGCAUUUGAUAUUGUUACUAGCCAACAUGGAUGUUAGGAAAAAGGAGAAUCUUGAAGGUUACACCACGUUAAAUGCUGACACUAUACGGAAGUUGGUUGAUAAAGUUUUCAAGAAUUAUCGUUCAUGGUGCAAUUAUUUGCGUUGCAAGUCACAUUUGAGGUUUCAACAAGGUUGUAAUAGACAACAGCUGGAGCUUAUCUACAUUUCACUUUAUCUUCUUAUCUGGGGUGAAGCUUCAAAUAUCCGAUUCAUGCCUGAAUGCCUUUGCUACAUAUUCCAUAAUAUGGCAAAUGAGGUCUAUGGAAUUCUAUUUAGCAAUGCACGUCCUGUGAGUGGGGACACAUACGAGAAUGCUCCACCUGACGAUGAAGCAUUUUUAAGGAAUGUUAUAACCCCUAUUUAUAAAGUUCUCCAACGGGAAGUCAAGAGAAACAAAGGAGGCAAGGCAAGCCACUCAAAAUGGAGAAACUAUGAUGACCUAAAUGAGUACUUUUGGUCAGGGAAGUGUUUUCAGUUGAAGUGGCCUAUGAACGUAAAAGCAGAUUUUUUUGCGCACUCGGAUGAUCCACCACUUGCAAAUGAGACAAAUAAUCAAAUCACUGUUGGAAAGAGAAAGCCCAAAACGAAUUUUGUUGAAGCCCGAACAUUUUGGCAUCUUUACAGAAGUUUUGAUCGAAUGUGGAUAUUCUUUAUAAUGGCUUUUCAGGCUAUGCUAAUUGUUGCAUGGAACUCUGGGUCUCUUCUUGGCUUUUUUGACGAAGAUGUGUUCAGAAAGGUGUUGACUAUUUUCAUUACUGCUGCUUUUCUCAAUUUCCUGCAAGCUACUCUGGAUAUAAUUCUUAGUUUCAAUGCCUGGAGAAGCUUAAACUUUUCCCAAAUACUCCGGUACCUUGCAAAAUUUGCUAUAGCGGCUUUCUGGGCAGUGGUUUUACCACUUGCUUAUUCUAGCUCUGUACAAAAUCCAACGGGUCUUGUAAGGUUCUUCAGCAGUUGGAUUAAUGAUUGGCAGAAUGAGUCAUUGUAUAAUUAUUGUCUUGCAAUAUAUUUGAUACCCAAUAUACUGGCUGCUAUAAUAUUUCUACUUCCACCUUUACGGAGAAGGAUGGAGCGCUCAAACUGGCGAAUAGUCACUCUUUUUAUGUGGUGGGCUCAGCCAAAGUUGUAUGUUGGUAGAGGCAUGCAUGAGGAUUUCUUCUCACUUCUGAAGUAUACAAUGUUUUGGAUUCUGCUACUAAUCAGCAAACUAGCAUUCAGCUACUAUGUGGAGAUACUGCCACUAGUUCAACCGACCAAGAUAAUCAUGGAAUUGCAUGUGGAUAAUUAUCAGUGGCAUGAAUUCUUUUCUGAGGUAAAAACUCACAACAUUGGAGUCGUUAUUGCUAUUUGGUCUCCAAUUGUCCUGGUAUAUUUUAUGGAUGCCCAAAUAUGGUAUGCUAUAUUUUCCACUCUUUUUGGUGGGAUUCGUGGUGCUUUCAGCCAUUUGGGUGAGAUACGGACAUUGGGAAUGUUGCGGUCUAGAUUUGAAUCUGUUCCUAGAGCCUUCUGUCGUCGUCUUGUUCCAUCACCAAAUCAGCAUAACAGAAAAAGGCAUCUGGAUGAGGCAACUGAAAGAAAGAAUAUUGCGAGUUUUUCUCUUGUUUGGAAUAAGUUUAUACAUUCUAUGCGGAUGCAGGACCUGAUCAGCGAUAGGGAUAGAGAUUUGCUACUUGUGCCAUCUUCAUCAAGUGAUGUCUCUGUUGUUCAGUGGCCCCCUUUCUUGCUCGCUAGCAAGAUUCCUAUUGCAUUGGACAUGGCAAAAGAUUUUAAAAAGAAGGAUGAUGCAGGGUUGUUUAAGAAGAUAGAGACAGAUGAUUAUAUGCAUUCAGCGGUGAUAGAAUGUUAUGAGACUCUCAGAGAUAUACUAUAUAACCUCCUGGAUGAUGACGCAGAUAGGCUGAUUGUUAAAGAGAUUUGUUAUGAAGUGGACAUGAGCAUACAUCAGCGGAGAUUUUUGACCGACUUUCGGAUGAGUGGGCUGCCUGCACUCAGUAAUAGGUUGGAGAAGUUUCUAGGGAUCUUGCUUUCUAAUGUAGAAGAUGUUGAUACAUUCAGAUCUCAGAUAAUCAAUGUCCUACAGGAUAUCAUGGAAAUUAUUACACAGGAUGUUAUGGUCAAUGGAAGUGGAAUCAUUGCAAGAGCUCACCGUCAUCAUGAAGGCGAUCAAAAGAAAGAGCAGAGAUUCGAAAAGAUAAAUAUUGAUCUUAUACAAAUGAAGACGUGGAGGGAGAAGAUCAUUAGGCUAUAUUUGCUUUUGACUGUUAAAGAAUCUGCUAUAAAUGUGCCUCCAAAUUUGGAGGCUCGGCGACGCAUCACAUUUUUUGCGAAUUCCUUAUUUAUGAAUAUGCCUAGCGCUCCAAAAGUUCGGGACAUGCUUUCCUUUAGUGUUUUGACUCCAUACUACAAAGAGGAUGUUCUUUAUUCAGACGAGGAACUCACGAAGGAAAAUGAGGAUGGAAUAUCAAUUUUGUUUUACUUGCAGAGAAUAUAUCCAGACGAGUGGAACAACUUUCUAGAGCGAGUGCAACCUUCUGAAAACAAAGAUGAGAGUGAGGAAGCUCGUCUGAAAGAGGAAGUCCGAAAGUGGGUAUCUUAUAGAGGACAGACACUCUCCAAAACAGUGAGAGGGAUGAUGUACUACAGGCAGGCUCUAGAACUCCAAUACUGUUUAGAGUUUUCAGAUGACUCUGAAAUUUUGGGAGGCUUCCAGGCCUUUGAGGAUGAUCCAAGAUACAUAGAGCAAGCACAAGCGCUGGCCAAUAUGAAGUUCACCUAUGUUGUUUCCUGUCAAGUCUAUGGGGCUCAGAAAAAAUCUUCUGAUCAGCGAGACCGCAGUUGUUACCUUAACAUUCUAAAUCUCAUGUUAAAGUAUCCAUCCCUGCGUGUUGCUUAUAUCGAUGAAAGAGAGGAGACAGUUGACGGAAUAUCUCAGAAGGUUUAUUAUUCUGUUCUUGUCAAGGGAGGUGAAAAGUUGGACGAGGAAAUAUAUCGCAUCAGACUGCCAGGUCCCCCGACAGAAAUUGGUGAAGGAAAGCCUGAAAAUCAAAAUCAUGCAAUUAUUUUUACUCGUGGAGAAGCCCUUCAGACGAUAGACAUGAAUCAGGACAAUUAUUUUGAAGAGGCUUAUAAAAUGAGAAAUGUUUUGGAGGAAUUUCUAAAAGCUCGCCACAAGGAGAGAAAGCCAUCAAUAUUGGGUUUAAGGGAGCAUAUAUUCACUGGAAGUGUUUCUUCUCUAGCUUGGUUCAUGUCCAAUCAAGAGACUAGUUUUGUUACAAUUGGGCAACGCAUUCUAGCAAAUCCUUUGAGGGUGAGAUUCCAUUAUGGUCAUCCAGAUAUAUUUGACAGAAUCUUCCAUUUAACAAGAGGUGGCAUAAGCAAAGCUUCAAAAAUUAUUAACUUGAGCGAGGAUAUAUUUGCUGGAUUCAAUUCUACUUUGCGCGGGGGUUAUGUAACGCAUCAUGAAUAUAUCCAAGUUGGCAAAGGGCGUGAUGUUGGUAUGAAUCAGAUAUCUGCUUUUGAGGCUAAGGUUGCCAAUGGAAAUGGAGAGCAGACACUUAGCCGGGAUGUUUAUCGGCUUGGGCGUCGGUUUGAUUUCUAUAGAAUGCUAUCGUUCUACUUUACAACCGUGGGCUUCUAUUUCAGUAGCAUGGUUACAGUGCUUAUCGUAUAUGUAUUCUUAUAUGGACGUUUGUACAUGGUUAUGAGUGGAUUGGAACAAGAAAUUAUUGAGAAUGCAACCAUACAUCAAAGCAAGGCCCUUGAAGAAGCUUUGGCAACACAGUCUGUCUUCCAGCUGGGCUUGUUGCUUGUGCUUCCCAUGGUUAUGGAGAUUGGCCUGGAAAAAGGGUUCCGUACUGCUCUGGGUGACUUUAUCAUCAUGCAGCUACAGCUUGCCUCUGUAUUCUUUACUUUCCAGCUUGGUACAAAAGCACAUUAUUAUGGAAGAACUAUCUUGCAUGGAGGUUCUAAAUAUCGAGCUACUGGUCGUGGCUUUGUGGUUUUUCAUGCAAGGUUCGCAGAUAACUACAGACUGUACUCCAGAAGUCAUUUUGUAAAAGGGUUGGAGCUUCUCAUUCUCUUGGUCCUCUAUGAAGUUUAUGGGCAAUCCUAUCGCAGUUCAAGCCUUUAUAUGUUCAUAACGGUCUCCAUGUGGUUCCUUGUUGGAUCCUGGUUGUUUGCCCCUUUUGUGUUCAAUCCAUCUGGUUUUGACUGGCAAAAAACAGUGGAUGACUGGACAGAUUGGAAGAGGUGGAUGGGAAAUCGCGGUGGUAUCGGUAUCAACCCUAAUAAAAGUUGGGAAUCAUGGUGGGAAGAAGAACAAGAACACCUCAAAUUCACAAAUAUUAGGGGAAGGCUGCUUGAGAUUAUCCUUGUAUUUCGCUUCUUUAUUUACCAAUAUGGGAUUGUCUACCACCUUGAUAUAGCUCAUCAUAGCAAGAAGAUUUUGGUUUACGGACUUUCUUGGCUAGUUAUGCUAACGGGGCUGCUGGUGUUAAAGAUGGUAUCCAUGGGUAGGCGAAGAUUUGGUACCGACUUUCAGCUCAUGUUCAGGAUUCUUAAGGCACUUCUAUUCCUUGGGUUUUUGUCAGUCAUGACUGUGCUAUUUGUAGUAUGUGGCCUCACAAUAUCGGAUUUGUUUGCUGCUAUCCUUGCCUUCUUGCCGACUGGAUGGGCAAUUCUUCUCAUUGGACAAGCAAUGAGGCCAGUGUUGAAAAGCUUAAAGUUCUGGGACUCAAUAAAGGAGCUAGCAAGGGGAUAUGAGUAUAUCAUGGGUCUGGUAUUGUUCAUGCCCACGGCUAUCUUGUCAUGGUUCCCGUUCGUAUCCGAGUUUCAAACUCGAUUGCUCUUCAACCAAGCAUUUAGCAGAGGACUCCAGAUUUCCAUGAUCCUUGCUGGCAGAAAAGAGAAAGACAUUACUUCCCCAGUUAAGUAUGCUUGAAAAUUCUUUUGCUGUUAACAACCUUAAUCAGCAGCCAUUUUUAUCCUUUUUGUAAGCUCUCCAUUGAGCCCCUUUUUAGCAUUUCCUAUGACAGACUUAGUAUUUAUUAGAUCUUUGUUUUUUAAAUCUUUAGGUUCGCCAUAAAUUAAUCAAAAAGAACCUUUCGUGUAAUCUGUAAAAUGCAUACAUGUGUAGAGAUUCCAAGUUCUGGAGUAUUUUUACCUACAAUUUCAUUCCUUUUUUCACUACAA